AUGGUUACAGUAUUAAAAUUCUUCCUUUAUAGAGGAUUGGGUAGUAAUGCCUUAAAUUUAAAUGCUAGUGUAGAUAAUGCUGACGUGGAAGUUUUGAAAUUAGGGAACAAAAGCAUUUGAGCGCGCGCAAAGUAACCAUCACCGCUUCACUUUCUCUCAUCACUUUGGCAAUGUCUGCAACUAAAUCCGCCUCAAGGAAGCGCCCAUCGGAAUCGGAACGCGCAAAAUCCGAUAAGAGCAACCGAUCGGCGACAGAUAAUUUCGAUCUCGACUUGGAUUUCGAUCUCUCAGAUGACAUCAAAGGAAUCGUGUCCGCGCUGCACCUGAUCAGAGACAAGGCUCAGAAGGACGGUCAGAAGAAGAACGAAGAGACAAUUUCUAGUGUGGGUUCUGAGGUGAAGUCUACGAUUGAGGGCUUGAGGUCAAAAAUUGAGAAGGACAGGCAAAGUUUUGCUAAGGCGCUUUCAAAGAGUUCUAAAGAGUACGAAAGUUCCUUGAAGAACGAAACUGCCAAGUUUCAAGCACUUCACGAUAAUUUUUGCAAAGAGAAAGCCACUUCUAUGCAGGCCCUGAAAGAUAUUAUCUCCAAAUUUGAAGAGGAAAAGGAGAAGCUAUUUGUGAGAUAUGAACAACUGAGGAAGAAGGAAAGAGUUAUGAUAAUUGAACAAGAAAAAGCCUGCAAGGAUAAAAUUGCCCAACUGGAAGAGUCAUUGAAAAAGAAGAAACAGGACGAUAAAACUUUCAGCAUUUUAAGGAAAACUCUUGGUUCAUUCUUGGAAAAUGCCUCAGACGAGGAUUUCCCACCCGAAGAUUGAGACUAUAAUACACAGAUGUUUUGAUGGAGUCACAAUCACUGAUUCUGUUCAUUUCACUGCAAAAUAUAGUCAUAGAUAAACUCGAAAUUCAACUUCAAUUUCUUAUUGCAAUCAGCUGUUAAAAAUAUAACUUUUCCAACACAAAUUC